AUGGCACCUAAACCUACCACCUUGACCACAAAGGUCGAGAGUGGUUCUCCAUAUCAACUUGAUCAUGAACAGGUCUUAAAAGCAUCUACUGCACUUCUCAAACAUAUCACUACCACCGAGACCGCAAAAUCCAAGAAAGCCGGCACUCAAAACCUUCUCGCCCAAAACGAUGACGACGAUGCAGAAUCCACUCCCGUUUGGUUAACCCUCACCACCAAAAAGCACAUCAUCGACAAAACCAAGCUCAAGCCCUUCAAAAUCAGCGUUCCCCAUCCUCUCAACACCUCCACCACCACCACCAUCUGUCUCAUUGUCGCCGAUCCCCAACGAACCUACAAAGAUAUCAUUGCCUCCCCAGCAUUCCCCGCCGAACUCUCCAAGCGCAUCAUCAAAGUCGUCGGCGUCGACAAGAUUAAGAAAAAGUACAAGCAAUAUGAAGCGCAACGCAAAUUGUUCGCCGAACAUGACAUCUUCCUUGCAGAUGAUAGAGUGAUUACUUUAUUGCCCAAAUUGUUAGGGAAAACUUUCUACAAAUCCACGACUAAGCGUCCUAUUCCUAUUUCUAUCCAAGCGGAAGCUCCUAGAUCCGAGGGAAAGAAAAUUGCUAAAGCCAAGGGCGAGGGUGCACCAAAGGCAGCGGAACCAAAGAAGAUUGCGGCCGAGGUUGAAAAGGCGAUUUCGAGUGCGUUGGUCACGUUGAGCAGCUCGACAAAUAGUGCGAUUCGAAUUGGGUAUGCGAGUUGGGAUGCACAGAAGUUGGCGGAUAAUUUGGAGUCCGUGGUUAAUACGGUGAUUGAGAAGUACGUUCCUAAGCAAUGGAGAGGUGUUCGAGGAAUCCACGUCAAGGGUCCAGAAACAAUGUCGCUGCCUAUCUGGUUGGCGGAUGAAUUGUGGGUUGAGGAUGAGGAUGUUUUGGAUGAGAGUGUAGUUCGGGAGAUUGAGGAGAGGGUCGUAGAGAAGAAGAACAAGAAGAGGAAGACCAGGGGCAUUGAGGGAAGCGAGAUUGAAGAAAAGGGUGGAGAAGAGAAGAAGCAAAAGUUGGAGAGUAAUGAUGAUAAGUUGGACGACGAGAUUGCGUUGAGGAAGGAAUUAUUGAAGAUACAGAAGGAGGACGCGGCCAAGGACUUGGAUGCUGUCCCUGUGGUAGUUAAGAAGACUAAGAAGGUCAAGAAGGUUGAGGAGGAGGCGAUCGAGGAGGAGGCUGCUGUUCCUGUGGUGGUCAAGAAGACCAAGAAGGCCAAGAAGGUUGCUGCUUAA